AUGUCGCAACUGGCGAUAUAACAUAAAAUACAGAGAGUGAACCACUUAGAAUUGGAAUUUAAAGCAAUAUAAAAGUACACUAAAAUCAUUUAGAUCCACGAAGUCAGAAGCAUGUUCGCGGGGGGAGCAUUGAUAGUAUAAGAAGGAGGACAGGAAUACUGUUCGAUUAAGACUAAAUUUAAUAGUAUCUCUGAAAGGAAGAAAUAACUAAUUGAUGGACUUGAUGAUGAUGGAAGCAGUAGUAAAAGACUUAAAAGAUUCCUAAAUUUUUUCAAAUUUCUUAAUAAACUUGCUGCUAAUAUAUUUACCUACAAUAAUCACCAUAAGAUAGCAGUAUAAAAAGCAAUAAGAGAAAACUAGUAUGAAAACUCUAAAUCUGGUUGGCUUUAUGAGCAUAAUGAAUAUAAUGUUAGUUUCUAAAGUAUAUACAUAAAAUCCUUGUAUUUUAUAUUGACUUCAUUUGCUACUAUUGGGUAUGGUGAUUACUCAGCAGGUUUAAACUCAAGAUAAGCACUAUUUGUAAUUUGCUAUAUGAUGUUUUUGCAGCAAAUGUUCUCUUUUUUCCAGAUGCAAUUUAGAGCACAAUUUACAAAUGUGGAUAUUAUAAGUUCUCCGAUGUAAUUACUAGAUGACAAAAAGGGUGAACUUGAGCUUUUAUUCAUGAAAAUUUCAAAAAUUGAAAGUGUUGGAAAAUUCUAGCGAAACAUUGUAAAACAAGCAGUUUUAGACAUUGAACUUUCCUUUAAGUAUUUCUUCAAGUCAGUUAAAUCAGAGGCAUUUUAUAUUUUACUUCCUCCUAGGUUGAAGAGAAAACUAAUUUUAGAGAUUGGCAAACCUUACAUUUAUAGGUUUAUUCAUUUCUUUGAAGAUGAAGAUAAGGGAUAUUAUGCUGAUGAUCAGUACAUAAAAAUAUUUAACAAAUACCUUCAACUCUUGGUUCAGUAUGUAUCUGGAGGGUUCUUUGGAGAAUGUGAAAUAAUAUUCAAGAUCAGAUCAAACUACAUUCUGAGAGUAUCUGAAAAUUAACCAGCCAUUUUGCUAUGUCUUAAAUCUACAAAGUUAAUGCAAUUAAUAAAGAGUGAAAAGCCAUCUUUACUCUAUUUAGCUCAAGUAGGAUAUGAAAGAAGAUGCUACCUUAGAGAUUUGUCUCAAAAGGUGGAUGGAAUUGAAGAAAGCUCGAGAAAAACUUAAAGAUCUAAUUUACUUUUCAGUGAAAUAGUUGCAGUUGCUGCUGAUUAACUAAGGGCAGGAGAAAUUAUAAAGCUCUAUGCAAAUUUUCUUCAAAUGUUGUAGUCUUAAAAAGUUCAGAAGGAAAAACAAUACAGAUUCGAUAGCAUAUAAAUGAUCAAUGAUUAGAUUAUUGAGGAAUCAGUUGAAGAAUCAAAGGAAUCAAGCAGUAGUAAUUCUGAACUAAGUGUCUAAGACUCUUCUGAUGAAGUAAAUAAGAUCAAUUCUGAAAGUAACUACUAAGAAUAUAACACUGAAGAAAUUGAAGAUGAUAUUCAUGAUUUGGACUAUAUGUCUGUGGAGGAGGUUGAUCAUCAAUGUAUAGACAUUCAGAGAGUAUAGUUUAACAAGUAUGUUCAGCUUGCUCAAAAUACUCUUCACAACUUAAACGAAUUAGUAGAUGUAGCAAAAUAAAAGUUCAUUCAUUGCAACUAGAAUUUCAAGUCAUUAGAUGAAUUGUCCUUGAAGUUUGCUAGAUUCAAUCAUAUAGUUGAAGCAAAACCAGUAAUGAGCGAUAAUAUGUCGAAUUCUUAAGUUUCUAUGUUCAAUAAGCUAAGAAUAGGCACGAUGAGCUAAUUUUCAUCCUAAGUAUAUUAGUCUAGUAGACAAAAAACAAAGCUAAUCAAACUCUAAGAUGCCAAACAGAAGCGUGGUAAAUAUAAGAAAACUAAUUUUAAAACCCAAGAUGUUUGUUUAAGUAAAGAUUCAGAUAUUACAUUGGUUGACAAAGUUGAAUUUAAUUCUCCAGGCUAGAUGAAAUCUUAUAGGCCAACUCAGGAGGAUGAACAAAAACUAGAAAUAGAAGAUUUAAUUUAUGAAAAUGAGCAAAAAACCAAUAGUAACAAUCAACUGAUUAUAGAUGGUUUUGAACUUGAGGAAGAAAGUUCUAAGCAAAGCUAUGGCUCUCUUAUGCUUAGUUCGCAAGCUAAUAGUAAAGAAUGA